AUGAAGGUGGAUCACAAACUUCCGACUGUAGAUCAUAUAGAUCCUUUUAUUUCUGCUGAAAUUCCGGAUAAAUCAGAAGAUCCUCAGUUACAUUAUCUUGUGUCUAAGUAUAUGAUUCAUGGUCCUUGUGGUGCUGCUAACCUGAGCUGUCCUUGCAUGGUUGACAACAAAUGUUCUAAACGAUUUCCGAAAAAAUUUUCGGAUCAUACAAUUAUUGACUCAAGCGGUUUUCCUGUAUAUCGAAGGCAAGAUUCUGGUCAUACUGUUAUGAAAAAAGGUGUUCAAUUAGACAACCGAAGUGUCGUACCUUACAACAAAGGUCUAUUAAAAAGAUACCAAGCACACAUUAAUGUUGAAUGGUGUAACCAGGCUGGUUCGAUAAAGUAUCUGUUUAAGUACAUUAACAAAGGACCUGACCGUGCUACGGCAGUUUUAUAUACUGAUUCAACCGGUACUAGCAAUCAGAAAAUAAAUGAUGAGAUCAAACAAUACUACGAUUGUAGAUACAUAUCAGCCUGUGAAGCGUCUUGGAGAAUUUUCGCAAACGAAGUUCAUUAUAGAUAUCCUGCUGUAAUGAGGCUACCUUUUCAUUUACCUGGUCAACACAAUGUAGUAUACGGUGAAGAUGAUGAUAUUGAAGAUGUCUUGAACAAACCAUCUGUUGCUUCAUCUAUUUUUUUGCAAUGGAUGCGUUUAAAUGAACGUGAUGAAGAAGCACGUAAACUGACUUAUGUGGAGUUCCCAACAAAGUAUGUUUGGAACUUAAAAGAUAGAUGUUGGCAAGUACGAAAAAGGUAUAAAACUGUUGGUAGAGUUCAUUCUGUUUCGAUUGCUUCAGGAGAACCUUAUUAUUUAAGGAUUCUUCUAAAUAAAGUUAGAGGUCCUAAAUCAUUUGAAGAGAUUCGAACAGUGAACGGACAAGUAUUUCCCACAUUUAAAGAUGCAUGUUAUGCGAUGGGUCUUUUAGAUGAUGACAACGAAUAUGUUGAAGCCAUUAAGGAAGCAAGUUUUGAAGCUCAUUGUCGGUAUUUAAGAUCAUUAUUUGCGACAUUGCUUUUAACAAAUACGCUAUCAAGACCUGAAUUUGUGUGGGAAAAAACUUGGCACUUACUAGGAGACGAUAUUCUAUUCAAGCGUCGCAAAGAGACACAUAUCCCUGAAUCUAAUUUUGGUGGAAAUUGA